AAAAAAAAGAAGAAGAUGAAAUGGGAAGUUCCAGAGGGCAAAGACUUUCUGGAAUGCAAAAGCAAGUACUUAGCUUAUACAGAGGAUUUCUACGUGCAUCACGUUCCAAAUCUGAGGAAGAACGUCGCAAGAUAGAAACCGUAGUAUCCGAAGAGUUUCGCCGGAAUUCAAAGGAAGUGGAUCGGAACAAUUUUGUGUACAUUGAAUAUUUACUUCGCCGUGGAAACAAACAGCUUGAUCAGCUUCGGAACCCUGGUACCACCGGGUUAUCUUCGUUACGAAUUGAUUUCUCUAAUAUCAACACUGGUUCUUCAAGUCAUAGUUAAAAGACACUACUUGUCAUUAGCCAUUAUUACACUUUUUGAUGUAGAUGUUCUCAAUUUAAAAUUGACAGAAUAUUGAGUGAGUCAGAUGCUUGUCUUUUCUUUAUUAUUAUUAUAAAUGUAUGGCGUACUGUAAACUUGGCUUUGAAUACACUUCUUGGGUGGGUGAAGGUUGAAUUGAGGCUCUCUCGAUGUUUCAAUAUUCUCACUGUUAGAUUAAAUAAAGUUACAUAAUUUCAUUAGUCA